AUGGCCAAAGAAAUUCAAUUACUACUAAAGGAAACAAAAACAUUAUUACAAAGGAAACAUUUAGAAGAUAACGAUACUAUUCACAGUAAACUACUCGGUCUAUACUUAUAUCUACACGAAUAUACGGAAAGUGAUAGAGAAGCCCUGGUGAAUGAGUAUAAUGAAUUAGUAGACAAAGCAACAGGUGCAGGUAUUUCUAAGCUAAAAAAAAUAAAAAUUAUUGAAAAUAUAAAAAAAACAGAAAGCAUAAAAAUAAAAAAAAGAGAGGAAAUCGUGAAGGGAGAUGAGCAAUCAGAAAAACUUGCAAUGUCAAUUCUUGACCACAGUAAAAUUUUAAAGAAAAAAGCAGAGAAUUUUGGACAAAUGUUAGAAAAUAGUAAAAACUUUGUAGAUAAUGUGUCCACUGGGGUUAGAGAUAAUGUAAAACAAGUUCAAAAGGGGGUUUUAUCAUUAGAAAGCAAGGAGUGGUACAAUUUAAGCACUGGGCAAGUCAUAUUAUUAUUACUGUUUGUUAUUUUAAUAUUUAUUAUUAUGUACUUUAUAAUAAGAAUUGUAUAAAAUUACAAAUACAAAUUCUCUGGGAUAUUUUGGACUAUUUUUCUUUGAAAGACAAAGUCGUAUAAAUUAACAUCAGGGCCCGUGAAUGUAACAGUAGACUUAACCAACUCUUCAGGAAAUUCUGAUUUUAUAAAUUCUGAUAGGGCAACCCCAUUAAAAAUUCUUUUCUCUUGAUGUAUUCUGUAUAAAUGCAUUAUAAACAAAUCAAUUGGAAAUACGUUUAAUCUGUCACUGAAUGUGGUUGAGUGAGAAGACUCCCCCUUUAAACUCGUAGAAACAAAUGUUACAUUUUCUGGCAGUCUGCUUUUAUCUAUGAGAGUAUCUGCUUGGCACGUAUCCGCAAUAAAUAAAAC